UGCUCUGCUAUUAGUCCUCCCCCAUUUGUAGACAGACAAGAGAAGCAAACACAUCCACAAAAGUACUAAUUUUCUUCAGCUCACAGUGAGGGAGACAAAGAACUGCCAGGCCUAUAUCACAAGAGAGAGAGAGAGAAGAUAAAGGACACAGACCGACUGGACUUGAUUUGAACCAAAACAAAGAAACAACAACUAAUCCAAGAUGGUGUCCGCUGGGAUGCAGAUGCUGGGUACAGCCCUGGGGCUCAUAGGCUGGAUUGGAGCCAUAAUAGUGUGCGCCAUGCCCAUGUGGCGUGUGUCAGCCUUCAUCGGCAGCAACAUCGUCACCUCGCAGACCAUCUGGGAGGGCAUCUGGAUGAACUGUGUGGUGCAGAGCACAGGCCAGAUGCAGUGCAAAAUCUACGACUCCAUGCUGGCCCUCAGCUCUGACCUCCAGGCGGCAAGAGCCUUGACCAUCCUCUCCAUCGUGGUGGGCAUCAUGGGCAUCCUGCUGUCCGUGGCCGGAGGGAAGUGCACCAACUGCGUUGAGGACGAGGCGUCCAAGGCUAAAGUGGGUGUAGCCUCCGGGGUGACGUUCAUUGUGGCCGGAGUGCUCUGUCUGAUCCCCGUCUGCUGGACAGCCAACACCGUCAUCCAGGACUUCUACAACCCGCUCCUGGUCAGCUCCCAGAAGAGAGAGCUCGGGGCCGCGCUCUACAUUGGGAUCAGCAUGGCUUCCCAGGGCCUUCAGAUCAUGGGUGUGCUUCUAGCCUUGGUCGGCUGGCUGGGCACCAUCAUCACCUGCGCCCUGCCCAUGUGGAGAGUCACUGCCUUCGUAGGAGCCAACAUAGUCACCGCCCAGGUGAUCUGGGAAGGUCUGUGGAUGACCUGUGUGGUCCAGAGCACAGGCCAGAUGCAGUGUAAGAUAUACGACUCCAUGUUGGCCUUGCCUCAGGACCUGCAGGCAGCCAGAGCCAUGGUCAUCAUCUCAGUGAUGGUUGGAGUGUUUGGAGUCUUGAUGGCCAUCGCCGGAGGGAAGUGCACCAAUUGUAUAGAGGACGAGAACGCCAAAGCCAAAGCCUGCAUUGUCUCUGGGGUCAUCUUCAUCAUCGGGGCUUUCCUCAUCAUCAUCCCAGUGUCAUGGUCUGCCCACGCGGUCAUUCGAGACUUCUACAACCCUCUGUUGAUAGAGGCUCAGAGGAGAGAGCUGGGGGCAGCGCUCUAUAUAGGGUGGGGGUCCGCAGGACUCCUGCUGCUGGGAGGGGGGCUGCUCUGCCAGAACUGCCCCCCUAAGGAAAACCAAAUGUACGGAGGAGCCAAAUUUGCCCCGGUUAGAGCAGCCUCCUUUCCCAUGAACUACGUUUGAGUGAGUCUCUAUGGA